AUGUCUCACAUCGCCCGAGGCUGUCUUUGCCUGAAUGCCAAGUUCCUGACUCAGGAUCAGAUUAAUGAGUUCAAGGAGUGUUUCUCUCUGUACGACCGGCAGCAGAAGGGUAGGAUCGAGGCCCGGGAGUUGAUCACAGUGAUGAGAUGUCUCGGGUCGAACCCGACCCCCUCCGAGGUCCAGAGACACCUGCUGAGUCACAGCACAGGUUUGGGUGGAGAGCUGGACUUCUCCACCUUCCUGAGCGUCAUGCACCGGCAGCUCCAGCAGGAGGCGCCGGAGGAGGAGAUCCUGGAGGCCAUGAGGAUGGCCGACAAGGAGCAGAAGGGCUUCAUCAUGGCCUCGGAGCUGAGGGCCAAACUCACGGGGCUGGGGGAGAAGCUGACGGACCGAGAGGUGGACGAGCUGCUGAAGGAGGCGGGAGUUGGUGCUGACGGACGGGUUCACUGUGAGCAGUUUGCUAAAGCGGUGACUCGCUGCUCUGCAAAACGCUGA